AUGGACAACUUUCUCAAAGGCCUCAAUGCUGCCCAGCUUGAGGCGGUCACUUCGUCUGCCUCUGUGUUGCAGGUGCUCGCCCCGCCAGGAUCGGGGAAAACCAAGACCUUGACGGCACGGGUUGCCCACUUGGUCGUGGAGCAACACCUGCAGCCAUGGAACAUCAUCGUCUGCACAUUCACUGUAAAGGCGUCCAAAGAGAUGAAGGAUCGCAUAAAGGCCGUCGUAGGCGAGAAGAUGUCUAAGCAGAUUUUGCUUGGAACUUUUCAUUCUGUUGCACUUCGCUACCUAAAGCACUAUGGACACCACAUUGGACUAGCUAAGGAUUUUACAGUGGCCGACUCGUCAGACACUAAAGCUAUCUUGAAACGUAUCAUCAAGCGACUUGGUUUGUCUUUCGAGCCUGGUCAAGUCCUCGGACGAAUCUCUGCAAAGAAGGCGAAGGGUAGCAUCGCAGAUAGACCAGACAAUGCAAGCAAAACCGCCGAGCAGCAAGAUUUCCUUACCUUGUUCGGCGAAUAUGAAGCGGCUCUAGCCGAAUCAGACUUGCUUGAUUACGAUGAUCUUUUGCUGCGCUGUUGUGAACUGCUUAAGUCACAUCCGGCGUGCGUUUCGAACAUUCAGGCUGUACUCAUUGACGAGUUUCAGGAUACGAACAACGUUCAAUAUGACCUCAUGAGUCUCUUUGCUCAACAAAAGAAUACAAUCACCAUUGUCGGCGACCCUGACCAGAGUAUCUAUGGUUUCCGGUCUGCUGAGAUCAAGAAUUUGACCAGAAUGAAAGUGCAAUGGCCGGAAACCAUCACCGUCAAUCUGGAAGACAACUAUCGGUCAUCUGGCGCGAUUCUUCUGGCAGCGCAAAGUGUGAUCGAGCAAGACGAGAAUCGCCCGCAAAAGAAGCUGCAAGCCACACACAAAUUUGGUUUCCGCCCCGUCUUACGGAAAUUACCAUCAGCUUAUGCUGAGGCCGACUGGCUCGUCUCGGAGUUGAGGCGUGUUCAAAUCAUGUGCGGUAAUAUGUUGUUGGCAAGCGAUUUUGCAAUUCUACUUCGUUCAAGCGCACUGUCACGCAUAAUCGAAGCAGCCCUCGGUCGCGCUGGUGUGCCAUACCGCAUGGUUGGUGGUCUGCGGUUUUACGAUCGUUAUGAAGUCAAGCUCAUCAUUGACUAUCUUCGUGUCAUUCACAAUCCUAGUAACAAUGAGGCUGUUGAGAGAAUCAUCAACGUGCCUUCAAGAAAAAUUGGUGCAGAGACAAUUAAGAAACUACAGGAAGAAGCUCGAUCAAAAGGCUCGACAUUGUGGGAUCUGGUGCUCGGUAUUUCUCAAGGUCGCGUACAAACCAAGAUAAAGAUGAACCAACCCGCCCAGAAGGGCUUGGACACCUUCGUCAACGUCAUCUUGACAGCACGAAAAAGGCAUUGUGGUACGGAACAGCUUCCGCCCUCAGUGGUGGAGCUUAUAACGACAAUUUCGCAGAAAAUCUCGCUCCAGGAGCAUCUCAAGGCCAAGGAUGCUGGUGAUGAGAAGGCUUACGAAGCACGGUGGGCGAACGUGGAAGAGCUGAUGACUCAAGCCCAGGACCUCAGCGCCGAGAAAAUGAUGGAGCUGGUGGAAGCUGAUAGGCUGCCCGUCAUCAAAAAUAUCGAUCAGAACGAAUCUGGAAGGGAGGACUUUCUGGCAAUGUUUCUGGCGAACAUAGCCCUAGCCAGCGCAUCUGAGCAAAGAUCAGAAACAGAGGAAGAAGUUCCGCAGGUGACCAUCUCGACGAUACAUGCUGCCAAAGGACUAGAGUGGCCUGUGGUUUUUGUCCCGGCAUGCUACGAAGGAUCCAUUCCACACUCACGCGCAGAAGAUAACGACGAGGAAAGAAGGUUGUUGUACGUAGCCAUGACCAGAGCACAAGCAUUGCUCUAUCUGAGCUGUCCUGUACAAAACUCACAGCAUGGCGAAACAACUUUGUCCUCAUUUCUUAGUCAAUCUGGGUUUCAUACUUUCUGCGAAGAACACGGCCCGUCUUUGCCACCAAAUGCGGUUGUUGGGCUGUCAGAGACCUUGCACCGAAUUGUACCAGAUGCGGCUUCGCUGGCUGCGGCCAAGAAAGGUCUCGACAACGACGAAGACAAUCACUGGCCGCUCAAUGGCGAGCCACCUUUAGGCUCAUCUGGCGAGUGGCGUGCAGCUUCAACGGAUUGGUCUGCUCAAGGGGAGCAUAGCAUCAAUCGACCAGUCGCUUGGACGAGCGCGAGAUCCGUGAUGAACGAAGAUGCGCAGAGCUUGCCUUCAGCACCACUUGUCCCUAACUCUGGCUUUAGAAGUGCCAAAGACCGUUACGAAGACAUUCGGAAGGAACAAGAGGAAGAACUGCUGCGAAAAAUUGAUCAGAAGGCGGUUGAGCGGAAGAAAUUGAUCGAAGCUCCGAAAGGCAAAAAGCGCCAGAUGCAAGGCCACGAUACCAUCGCGAGUUUUUUCACGAAGAAGUCCAAGCUUGCAGUUGUUCCCGCAGAUCACCAGCCCCCUCAACGAGCAGUUGAAAACUCUCGUCAGAUGUCGCCAUUACAGGACGUCACAAAUACGCUUCUGGCGAAUUCCUCAGUGACUUCAUCCGUCUUGACGUCUGCCCCACUACUGCACAAACCACGAACAGCACCCAGACCACGCCAGAUAGUAGUAAACGACGAUGUUGAUCAGAAACAAGAUGACACUCGUUACGUGUUUCUCUCCAGCUCUCCCGUCCGUAACCGGGAAUUCGACGAACGACCGAUCGAGCCUGUGGCACCCAAGCCGGCACCGGUGGCAGGCUCCCAGGGUUUUCAAGCUGCAUCAACUUUUCACACAACCUCGAUGGAGAAAGUUGCACCACAACGAAGGACUCUUGGCAUUAAUCGAAGCUUGCAGGGUUGGUUACCCAAGCGAAGACCUUGA